AUGGAUCAGAACGGCUAUAACUCCUCGGUGCUGCAGCGGCCACCACAAAGAGGAGAUGAUGGAGGUGAUGAUGAUCGAGACUCUCGCCCUCAUCACCACCAUCACCACCGCCAUCACCAUCAUCACCACCGGCGCGACGGUGACGUGCCUGUAGGAGCUGGAACUGGAGCUGGAGCUGCACCUGUACCUGGAGAAGCGGCGACAGCCUCAUCGAAUGCGCAUCAGCACUCCACCUUUAGCCUGCGCUCACCAAAGUCAGAAUACCGCCCGCCUCCCUUCUCUUCUCCCAACGGUCAUAAUCACAGUCAUCACAACACCAGCACUUCGAGUGCCGGCCAUUCCCUUCAAUCCCCGCCACGCCCGGCCUUGCCCAAUCCCUACAUGUCAUCGUCCACAGGCGCACCCGGAGGCCCCGUCGCUCCAUCACUACCACCUCCUGUAGGCAUCAACUCGUCUUCAUCACCUGGAUCGUCGGCUGCUGGACUUCAUCAGCAUCAUCACCAAUCUCAAGCACCACCUCCCCAACACCAAGCUGCCGGCCCUCCACCGCCCGUGUCGCCGCUGCAUCCUCCUGUUGCAUAUUACCCCCCGUCGUCGAAUCGCGACAUUUAUUAUCCGCGUGAUCCCAAACCUGCAUCGCGAGGUUUCUACGACCCGACAACUGAUACAACAAAGGAACGUCGAAUUUCUGACGCGGCGACGCCCGGAGCGUCCUGGCACAACGCCAACGCCAACGCCAACGCCAACGCGCCCCCGGCUGGCACUCCCAAGACUCGCGAUCCCUAUAACUACUCGCAAACCCCCGACCAAAACACUCCUUCAUAUUACAACGGCUCCUAUAACACGUCUCCCCGGGGCCCAUCAUCGUAUAAUCGCCCGCGUAGUCCACUGUCACAUUCGCAACAGAAUCCCCCAGCAGGAUCUCUCAGCCCUCCGGGGCGACAGCCUUUGUUAGCCUCUCCGAGCGCGAGACAUGGUACUACAGCCAACAUGAACUCAACUACUAAUGGCGCUUCUGCCCUUUCGCCCUUCAAGUCGGAUCUUGCGGCUCCAUCGCCAUCAAAGGUCGCGCCCCCAUCGGCCAGCACAUCAAGAGCCAAUCCCAUGUCCUUCGACAGCAUCUUGUCAAGCUCUGAACCUGCUCCAAAGCCUAAAGAGCAGUCUCCACUUGUUUCACGAGAACCCGAACCAGAAAUCAAACAAGAGCGAGACCCUCGACAUGAUCGAGAACCGAAACGCGACUCGCGGGAACCUAAGCAGAAAAAGCGCUCCCUAGAGCCCGAGCCGGAUCAUGAUACCGAGGUCGAGAAGGACGUUGAGACUGAGCCUGAACCUAUCCCUGGGAGGGAAAAGGAGAGGGAACCCGCUGUGAAGAAGCGGGGAGGUCGAAAGUCAACAAAGGGACGUGCCUCUGAUAUACGAGAUGCUGCAACGCCUAAGAAUGGGCGCAGACUAUCGAUUAAGAAGGAGUCGCCAACCCCUCGUCCGCCAGCCAAACGACAGGCCAAUGGCCUGCCUAAACCGAAGACCUGGUCAGCAGAGAUGGAGAAGAAGAUCCAAAACGCCGAGUCACAAAUCGAGAACAGAGCUACGAACUUGGAUGCUGACGAAUUCGACGAGCAACAAUAUAAGGAGCGGGCUCAGAAGCGACGACGCGUUAUGAAUGAGCUUGACCUGGAACAUGGUCUUUCCCGACGCAAGGCUUUUGCUACGGCGGUUGGCAAGAAGCUGGUCUUGCAUGCUGAGCUUGGUAAGCGACGAUACGACGAUGUCUUCUAUGACGAAGCACUCCACGAAGUGCGCGAACAGGAGGUUUAUGCCGAAAAGGAACGCAAGAAGGACAUGCAACGCAAGCGACGCCGCGAAAAGUCUAUGGCUGUUACGAUGGAGCAAAAAGAAGCAGCUCUUGCUCGUGCAGAGGCAGCUGAAGAUGAAACCGAGAGACAAAAGCACCUCCGAGAUGCUGAACGCGCUAGUAAGAAAGCACAGCAAACGAAACUCAUCUUGCAAAAGGGCAUCAAGGGCCCUGCCCGUAAUCUUGAGCUCAACUUGGAGGGUGGUACCAUGUCUUCAUUCCAGGCUUCCGAUGUGGAAUCCGGAGAAGCAGGCACACCUUCUGGCAAGCGAAAGGGCAAGGGACGCGGCGGACCUCGUCUUAAGAAGUCAAAAGAGCAAAAACAGGCCGAAAAGGAUUCUGCUGAAGCAGCUCAAGCAGCUAUCGAUGCUGGAGAGGAGUUGCCGACCAAGGAAGAGAACCGCGUCCGGAUUAAAAUCAAGAAGUCAAAGAAGGACCCCGCCACUGAUGCAGAGAAGGAUAAGGAUGAAGCCGACAAGACAGAAGAGGAAGUUGUCGAGAAGAAGACCAAGAAAAGCAAGGACAAAGACAAAGAAAAGGUCGAUGACGUCCCUGAUAAUGAGAAGAGGUUUCUUUCUAAGGGCUACAACCAGAUCUACGAUCAGAUCUGGCGAGAUAUGGCCCGUAAAGAUGUCAACAAGACCUUCAAGCUUGCUGUGGAUUCUUACGCUACGAAGUCCUCCAACCUCAAAAAGACAGCCAUCCUGGCAUCCAAAGAAGCCAAGCGUUGGCAGUUGCGAACAAACAAAGGCACAAAGGAUCUUCAAGCUCGCGCCAAGCGUGUCAUGCGUGACAUGAUGGGCUUCUGGAAGCGGAACGAGCGAGAAGAACGAGACCUCCGCAAGGCUGCCGAGAAGCAGGAGAUCGAAAAUGCUCGAAAAGAAGAGGCCGAUCGUGAAGCCGCUCGUCAAAAGAGAAAGCUUAACUUCCUUAUCUCUCAGACCGAGCUCUACUCUCACUUUAUCGGCAAGAAGAUCAAGACCGACGAGGUGGAACGAAGUACAGACAACCCUGAGGUUGCCAAGGAUGCCCACCAGAUUCAACAGCAGAAAUUCGACAUCGAUGAACCUACUGGCCCUGUCAUAGGUAAGGUUACAAACUUUGAGAACCUUGACUUUGAGGAGGGCAGUGACGAGGCUCUGCGCGCUGCGGCUAUGGCCAACGCCCAAAAUGCCAUUGCCGAGGCCCAGAAGAAGGCUCGUGACUUCAACAACCAAGGCCUAGACAUGGACGAGGAGGGCGAGAUGAAUUUCCAGAACCCUACUGGUCUGGGUGAUGUUGAGGUCGAGCAGCCUAAGCUCAUCAACGCCCAACUCAAAGAAUACCAGCUCAAGGGUCUCAACUGGCUUGUCAACUUGUAUGAGCAGGGCAUCAACGGUAUUCUCGCAGAUGAAAUGGGUCUCGGAAAAACAGUCCAGUCUAUCUCAGUCAUGGCUUACCUGGCAGAGAAGCACGAUAUUUGGGGACCCUUCCUUGUUGUCGCUCCUGCUUCUACUCUUCACAACUGGCAGCAGGAAAUCGCCAAGUUUGUUCCCGAAUUCAAGAUUCUGCCAUACUGGGGUGGUGCUAGCGACCGAAAGGUCCUCCGAAAAUUCUGGGACCGUAAGCAUACCACAUAUCGCAAGGACGCCCCUUUCCACGUUUGUGUUACUUCGUACCAGCUGGUUGUCUCUGAUGUGGCAUACUUCCAAAAGAUGAGAUGGCAGUACAUGAUUUUGGACGAAGCCCAGGCCAUCAAGAGCUCCCAAAGUUCGCGAUGGAAGGCCUUGCUCAACUUCCAUUGCCGAAACAGAUUACUUCUUACCGGAACUCCCAUCCAAAACAACAUGCAGGAACUGUGGGCACUGCUUCAUUUCAUCAUGCCAUCACUAUUCGAUUCGCACGACGAGUUCAGCGAAUGGUUCUCGAAGGAUAUUGAGUCGCACGCGCAGAGUAACACCAAACUCAAUGAGGACCAGCUCAAGCGUUUGCAUAUGAUUCUCAAACCUUUCAUGCUUCGGCGUGUGAAGAAGCAUGUGCAGAAGGAGCUUGGUGACAAAAUUGAGUUGGACAUCUUCUGUGACCUCACUUACAGACAACGCGCCUACUACAGUAAUCUGCGAAACCAGAUCAAUAUUAUGGACCUUGUUGAGAAGGCAACCAUGGGAGACGAGCAAGACUCUGGUACACUGAUGAACUUGGUGAUGCAGUUCCGAAAGGUUUGUAACCAUCCCGAUCUGUUUGAGCGGGCUGAAGUCAAUUCGCCAUUCGCUUGUGCAUAUUUUGCCGAGACCGCCUCAUUUGUCCGCGAGGGUAGUGAGAUUGCCGUAGGCUACUCGAGCCGUAACCUAAUCGAAUACGAGCUUCCUCGUCUCAUCUGGAGUAAGGGUGGUCGAAUCCAUAGGCCCGGCCCAGACAGUCAGGUUGCAGGCUGGAAGAAUCGGGUACUGAACCACAUGAUGAAUGUUUGGAGUCCCGACAAUAUCCGAGACAACAGUGAUGGUACAAAGGCAUUCUCAUGGCUCCGAUUCACUGAUACCUCUCCCUGCGAGGCUUACGAGGCCACGCACCAAAGCUUGAUCGUCCGAGCUGCUAAGGAGCUUCAGAAACCCGACAGACUUGGGUACAUGAACGUGGCGUAUAGUGGUAUCGAGGAUAAGGACUACACUCCAUCACAUGCUCUCUUCCAGAUCCGGGCGCGAAACAACCGAAAACCUUUGGCGGAAAUCACCAAUGAAGGUGUCUUGUUGCAGCUGAUGAAUGUUGCUCAAGGUGACUACAGCGAGUCUGGUCUCGGUCGCCUGGAGCCUGCUGGUAGACCUCGGGCAUCAGCACCUCCGAUCCAGGUUUCAUGCCGCGCCUGGGGCACCGAGCCUGAACGGAGUGAAGCUUUGUUCAAUGCACCAAUCCGCAAGAUCCUUUAUGGCCCUACUGUCUUCCAGGAGAAGGCUCUUGUGGAGAAGAAGCUGCCCAUGGAGCUGUGGCCCACUCAAGAGAUGCUGCCUAAGCCCGAUCAUGAGAAGAAGGGUUUCACCAACAUUUCUGUUCCUUCCAUGCAGCGCUUCGUCACCGAUAGUGGAAAAUUGGCCAAGCUUGAUAGUCUGCUCUUCAAGCUCAAGAACGAGGGCCAUCGCGUACUGUUGUACUUCCAAAUGACUCGCAUGAUCGACAUGAUGGAAGAGUACUUGACAUACCGCAACUACAAGUACUGCCGACUGGAUGGUUCUACUAAGCUGGAGGAUCGAAGAGACACGGUGCAUGAUUUCCAGACUCGUCCUGAAAUUUUCAUCUUCCUUCUAUCUACUCGUGCUGGUGGUCUUGGUAUCAACCUCACGUCUGCCGAUACUGUCAUCUUCUACGAUUCUGAUUGGAACCCUACCAUUGAUUCCCAGGCUAUGGAUCGAGCCCAUCGUCUGGGUCAAACCAAACAGGUCACAGUGUAUCGUCUCAUCACCCGUGGCACAAUUGAGGAGCGUAUCAGAAAGCGUGCUAUGCAGAAGGAGGAAGUCCAGCGCGUCGUCAUCCAGGGUGGUGGCGCAAGCGUUGACUUCUCUGGCCGCCGUGCUCCUGAGAACCGCAACCGAGAUAUCGCCAUGUGGCUGGCGGACGAUGAGCAAGCAGAAAUGAUUGAGCGUCGUGAGAAGGAGCUUCUGGAGUCGGGUGAGUUGGACAAGCAGCAAAAGAAGAAGGGUGGUAAGCGACGGAAGGCCGAGAAUGCGGCCAGCCUGGAUGAAAUGUACCACGAAGGCGAGGGUAACUUUGACGAUGGUUCCAAGGGAGUUUCUGGAACAGCUACACCGGCCACGGUAGCCACACCUGCAGACAGCGAUGGCAAAGGCAAGAAGGGCCGUAAGGGAACUAAGAGAGCCAAGACGGCAAAGCAAAGGCUCGCAAUUGCUGAUGGUAUGAUGGAAUAG